AUGCUAUAUUUGAUUACCCCAACCUACGCACGCGAAACGCAGUUUGUCGAUCUGACCCGCCUCUGCCAGACGCUUCUCCUUGUGCCGCGCGUGCACUGGAUUGUGAUUGAAGAUGCUGAAGACUUUUCUCCCCAUGUCACCCAGUUUAUGGCGGAAUGCGGUGUCAAUUAUUCGCACCUACACGCGGCCACACCUCCGCUGCGCAAAGGGCGCAUUUGUCAAAAGAUUGAUCGGCGCAUCGGCUGUACGGAGCAUCGCUUGGGUCUCAGGCGGAAUGGCAACGAGGGCCUGGUGUACUUUGCUGACGACGACAAUACAUAUUCCAUCGAGCUUUUCAAACGCAUGCGUAGCAUCAAGACGAUUGGCAUUUGGCGAGUGGGCUUCCUUGGGAAAAUGCGCUACGGAGGCCCUCUCUCCGAGAUGACCCCUGAAGGCCCCAAGUUGACGGGCUGGCACGUUGGGUGGGAUCCGAACCGUCCAUACCCGCUGGACAUGGCGUCGUUUGCCUUUGCGGCGCGUUUAAUCGAGGACAACGAAGUCCACUUCCCCAUCCAAGCCCCACCGGGACAGUUGGAGACCAUGUUCUUGGAACGACUUCUUGGUCGGAAUGCCAAGCUCGAGGUCAUGGACACUGAUGUUACUCGCGUACUCGUGUGGCACACUCGCACUGAGCGACCCUCGCUGGGGUUGGAAGGAAAGCUUCCCGAAGCUCCAAACACGCCUGUGAUUUAA